CGCCGUGCUGCGCCGUGGUACAUUUAAACCGAGCUGUGAGGGGCAGGGAGACUCGCACCCACAGUGCCACCAAACAACAACAACAACAACAACAACAAAAGCCAAACCUGGAGCUCUGCGGUCGGGAAGCGGUCCUCUUUUCGGAGAUGUCCCACGUGCAGUUGUCGAGCAGCGCGCUGGAGAGGCUGGUGGCGCGCAGGACCUUCCCUCUCCAGAGGCGCACCGGCGUUUGCCGCAGCCUAUUCGGCCCGGUGGAUCACGACGAGCUGGAGCGGGACGUGGAAGCCAAGCUGCGGGAGAUGCGCGAGCGGGACCGGGAGAGGUGGAACUUUAAUUUCGAGGACAACGCGCCGCUGGAUGGGGACUACGAGUGGGAAGAGGUGGCCGCGGAGAAGACGGCGGCGUUUUACCGGGAGUCGGCGUCGGGCGGCCGGAGGCGCACGCCGGCGACGCCCGUCAAGCAGACGCCCCCCUCGGACUCCGGCGCGCCGGAGAGUCCCGGCGCGGACGUCAUGGAGCGCUUAGCGGCGCCGGAGAGCGGGGACGGCAUCUCCGCCACCCCGGUGGAGGCGAACCAGGAGAACAGGCCGGUCAGAGUGAUCUCAGGGACUCGCAGACAGGCUCCGUGUGCCAGGCGCAAGAGGACGGCUGCUGCUGCUGCUGCUGCUGACAACAACACGCACAUCACAGACUUCUUCGUGAAACGAAAGAAGGUUGCCGACAGACUUCCCAAGUCUCCCAUCACGGUGGAACAAACUCCGCGAAAGAGGAUCCGCUGAACGUGGUGCUUUGUUUUCUUCUUCUACACUUUUUUUUCUCCGUUGUUGCACAACUUCCCGGCGCGUUUUUUUUUGAGGAUUCUACCGGAGCCGAGAGUCUUUUUCUUUUUCUUUUUUUUUCUUUUUU